GGAACAUUAUCCAAAUAUGACGACGCUUGUUAGGCUCUCUUGGGGGUAACUGAUGCCCAUCAUCACUCUAUCCUGGGAAGUCGGCAUUUUGGAGGGUACGGUCUGCAUAAUCUCGCUUCUGACGACCGCGAUGCCUCACAACUCUGCGCGUCCCCUCUGGGAGCUGAAAGUAGGUGCUCCGUUUUAAAUGUGCCGCUUCGCCGGGAUGUCUACAUCAAAUGGUUCCCAGCCAUCCAGAGUGUGUUCUGGAGUUAAUAAACACGGCAAGAGGCGGUUCGACGGAUCGCACGUUUCCAGCACCGGAACAUUGUCCACCUCACGACGGCGGUCAGGUUUUCUUGUAUUGCAUAAUGAUGCUGUCCAAUAUCGCCACACAAUACGUAUCCGCUGCUCCGGACGAAGUAUGCUAUAUAUUUCGUACACAAGGUACCUUGGGCGACUCUUACUCUUUACGCUUCUGCAUAGCUCUUCUGGAGACUAGAAGCCUUAACUUUCCAUCAAUAGGUUGUUGUGUUGGGGGGCUAAAAACACACUUAUCAAACCAAAUCAUGGGAUGUGCCUUGGGAAAGACCAAAAAUGCAUUCGGUGUAUAUCAUGAGAUCUGCGUGGUGGAGAACUGGAACUCAUGUAUGACGACGCUUCUUAUGCUUUCUUGGGGAGUGAUGACAUUCUAUAACAGUGAAUACUACGUAAUUACUGCUCUGGACGAAAAUGAUCUUGUACGUUGCCCACGCUGGCGACGUCUUGUUCUUUACACUUUGGAGACUUUCUCUUGGGAACUAAAAGUUGACUUGAGACUGUGUGAUGUGCUUGCUUGCCAGAGUGUUUCAAAGAGAGAACCCUCAACAUAUACGAGGGUUCUUCUGCGGAGACUAAAAACACUUAUCGGAAGCUUGAAUGGUGGGGCCCGACGAAGAACUGGACUUAUAUCUGGAUUGUGUCCGAGCCCAGUGAAGAAAUUCUGUGCAGCAGGGCUAUGGAGUACGCGGUGGAAGUAAGGAACAUUGUGUACAGUCCAUAUUCGUGGAGAGUUGAUGAUGUCAACCACCAAUCACGACAAGCUGCCCUGAAGUUUUGCACGAUGGCUGUUUAUAUAAACUUUGUC